UAUAAACAUUUAGAAACAAACCAAAGGUAGUACAAAUUAAAAUGAAAUUAAUAGUUAUUAAAAUUUUCUUGGUGCAGUGAAAUGUUUUCGACCAUUUACUGAAAUAAAAAAGUCAUACGGAGGCAUGUCUGGAGAGUAUGAAGGUUGGGACAUCAUUACAGUAUUGCUUUUGGCCAAAAAUUCAUGAACAUGCAAUGAAGUGUAAGCAGGUGCAUUGUUAUGGUGCAAAAGUCAUGAAUUGUUUCACCACAAAUCCAGAAUUGAUUUUUACUUCAAAUUUACAGUAUUUUAAAACUCCACUGUUAAUACUAUUUUAGAACAUGUUCAAAAAGAAGCCAGUAAGACCUUUGUACCAAAAAAAAAGUAAAGCUUUAAAGCAGAUUGAGCGAGAUGACCAAUACGUUUACACAGCAAAUCCAACCAAACAGAAAGCUCGGAGAAGACCCAAACCGAAACAGUUAGCACCUAGUUUGAGGCAGAAAGAGAAUCUGCAGAGAGAACCUGACCAUUCUGGCUACAGAGAUCCAUAUUAUAAUAACUUCAGAUCUUAUAGUGAUGAUGGCAAUUGGAUUCAAUACAACAAGAAGCCUGCAGCUUAUUACGAGGACAUGACAGAAGAGGAAAUAUAUGGAUACCAAAAUCCAGGACGCAGUACAAUAUAUAUAUCUGACUCAGCCUCUGACGAUCUCUACUCAGAAGAACAGUGGGAGAGAGACAGUGAUCUGGACCAAAUGAUGCAGAGGAGAGAUAUAUACCAGGACAGAAAUCGAUGGAGAAGAGGAAUUGAUGGAAACGAGAUGGACCGAAUGAUGCAGAGGAGAGAUUUAUAUGAGGAUAGAAGCCAGUGGAGAAGAAGAAUUGAUGUACCUUUAGAACAAGAUUUAGAGUACAAUUAUCAUUCACAAAGACAAAGAUUAAGAGAAGAACCUAGAAAUGAGCGCAGUGGUGGAAAACAUCCUCAAAAUAGAAGUCCUUACAGAGAAGACUAUAAUGUCUAUGUUGCCCAUGACCUCAUAGGCCAUCAAGCUUUCAAGUACAAAGAUGAUGAACUAACAAAAGAUGAACAGUCAGAACAAUAUGAAGAGAGUGAUUUUGAGUCAUUAGAAGAUGAGGAUGUGAUAGAGGAGGAGGUAGGAGAGGACUCUGAUUCAGCAAAGAAACAGCAAUACACAGUGUAUGCAGCACAAAUGGGAGAUAAUCUGUCUGAACCUUUCAAACAAAAAAGUCAUGAGGAAAUUCUGUCCACAACUGACUUUAAUCGUAAUGUUCCAGUAGUAGCAUUUAGACAGAAUAAAGUGAACCAACAACUGCUCAAGGAUGUAUCAAGCAUUGUUUAUUUGCCCGUUGUCAUGAUGGAUAGUAAUAAUAAUAAAAUAUCAAAUUCAAACUAUGUGUCUUCCCCACUAUUACUGAAUGAAUUUAAAGAAAAAGCUGAAAAACCACUUGAUAAAAACCUGCAAAUUUAUGCUGCAAUGACUGGAAGUAAUGGCAAUAUAUUUGAACAAGCAAAAACAAACGUCACAGAGCAACCCUCAUUCAGUCAUAACAUAACUAUUUAUACAGUUGGUAAAACAGAAUCCAGCCCGAUAAAACAAAAACGUCUUAUAGCUGCAAACAAAUCUGGAAGCAAAUUAAUUCCUACCCAAUCACACAAUUCAAUUAAAAACAAAUCCUACACAAAAGUAGUUCCUUCUAAGACAGAUAAUAAGAUCCAGAAAAAAACCUCAAAAUUUGGUCUUGCAAAACUAUUUUCAAAACUAUCAAGCCACUCACUGGUAGGGUCACAUAAACCAAAGAGUGUUAAGGGAAGUGGAUUUUAUAGCAAAGCUCGUAAACAGGACCUUGACAUAAAAAGAAUUAACAAUACCAAUUCCAAAACCAAAAUACCUAAAGAAAGCCCAUAUUCUCUAUUAGUUUCAGUAUCAAACCCUAACAUUGAGGCUGGCGGUGAACAGAAACAAAUUAAUGUAAGCUUGUUACAUCCAAGUUUGUCACAACAACAAAAACUUAGGGCAGAAAGUAAAAGCACUCUUAGAUCAGAAGUGAAAAGUAAUGAAGCUAUCCCCCAACAUCCAGUAACAAAAAUGACUCAAAGUGAUUAUAUUCCACAACAUUUACAAAGAAAAAGUAAUACUGUAGAUAAUGUUAGACAACGAAUUCCAAGUAAAAGUACUAUAAGAGAUGUUUUAUCCCAACAAGAGCAGAGAAACAAUACCGUAAACAGUGUUAACCCACAACAACUAAUGCAAAGAGAAAACACUGUAAAGAGUGUUAGGUCACAACAACUUCAAAGAGAAAGUACUGUGACAAGAAAACUGGAAAAUGAAUGUAUGCCACAAAAACUACAACAUAGAGAAAGUACUGUGACAAGAAAACUGGAAAAUGAAUGUAUGCCACAAAAACUACAACAUAGAGAAAGUACUGUAGAGGUUAUUAUGCCAUAUCAACUGCAAAGGAAUAGUACUGUCUCAAGAAAACUGGAAAAUGAAUGUAUUUAUCAACCACCGCACAGGCAAAGCAAUGUCAGUGGUGUGAUUUCUGGUCAACCAAAAAGAAAAAACACAAUUUCUAGAGACAUGUCAAUCAUAAAUCAAGAAGAAAAACAAAUAACAAAGAGUGAGCGAAUAAGUCAUCCAGAACAUAAAAUUUCCAAGCAAAUUUCAGAGCUGAUGCAUAGACAAGGGUCAAAACUGAGUAGAGCAACCCUUCAUGAAAAUAAACCAUCAAAGUCCGAUUUUCUCCAAAAAACAGUAAAAGAAAAAAGAAAAAAAGGGACUACAGAAGUAAUACCUGAAAAUUACAGCCCAAUAAACCUUACAGAUAUUCCUGAAAAUUAUGAUCCAUACACAUUUCAACAAAUUACCUCUCCUACUUCAGUAGUAUCUCCAGGAAUUGAGAGAGGGGACAGUGACAAAAGUAAUACAAUUAGCAGAUCAGCGUUUCACAUACACAAACAUCGAAGCAAAAUAUCCAUGAAAAUGUGGGGAUUCAACAUAACUCCCCUAAUUCUUUUAUUCCAGUGCGCUCAAUAUUUUUUGGGACUUUCAAUUCAUGAUAAAUUAAUAGAAGUUUAUAAUGUAUUUUAUUAAUUACGGACGUAACAUAACUACAUUAUUGGUAAAUGUGUAGAGGUAACGUAUUUGGUUGUUUUUGUGUAUUUUAUUAAUAUUUAUCAUUCUUGUUUAUUAAAUUCUUAUGACUA